GUGCCAAACGUCAUAUUCAUAUAAAAAAAGAAAAAUAUUCUAGUUCGCAAAUAAUAAAUAUUAUUUUUAUCAAUAUUAUUUAACAAUGUACUUCAUUUAAACACAUAAUCAAAAUUAUGCUGAAAUAAUCCAAAUAAAAGAGUAAGAAAAAAAUAUAUUUUUAUCUGUUACAAAUACUCCAAGUCUUACUUAUGUUUGCCUAUCGAUUUAUGUUUUUAUAAAAUUAAAAUGAAAACCGCUGACCGAGUAUAUAAGGAUCGUGGUAGUAGAUCAUCAGUGUUUCAUAUUGGAUACGGUAAAAAAAAUGUACAUAACAUUUCUGAGAUCUAUGGGAUAAUUACUUUAAUUGUCGUAAUUCUCUUGGGUAUUCUAACGAGAUGGAAUUAUAAAGAUAAUUUGCCAAAAGCUCUCAGCCAUACUGAUCUUAUGCACAAAUCAGCUACUUUUUUAGGUGAUAGAGCAUGGAGAGAUCUUAGAAUUUUGACUUCAUUUGGAACGAGGCCCACUGGAUCUUAUGCAAAUGAAAUAUUAACAGUUGAUUUUCUAAAAAGAGAAUUUGGUUUCAUAUCACAAAAUGCUCACAAAAAUCAGAAACUUGAUAUAGAUGUUCAGGUUGUUAGUGGUUCUUACUACAUUCCUUUUAAACCGCACGGUAUGACAAAUGUUUAUCGCAACGUUCAAAAUGUUAUUAUGAAAAUUAAUGGGCAGACAAAUCAUACUCUAAUGUUAAAUUGUCAUUUUGAUACUGUUGCUGGAAGCACAGGUGCAGGCGAUGAUGGUGCAAUGUGCUGUGUUAUGUUAGAAAUUUUACGUGUAUUAUCGAGACAACCCAAAAUUAAUAAGCAUAAUAUAUUAUUUUUAUUCAACGGAGCUGAAGAGACACCAUUACAGGCUUCCCAUGGCUUUAUCACUCAACAUAAAUGGGCUAAAAACGUUAAAGCGUUUAUAAAUUUGGAAUCUGUUGGAUCAGGAGGAAAAGAGCUACUAUUCCAAUCAGGUCCGAAUCAUCCAUGGCUAAUUAAAAUGUAUGCUAGGGCGGCGGCACACCCUAACGCACAAGCAGCUGCUGAAGAAAUUUUUCAAUCCGGUUUAAUUCCUUCAGAUACUGACUUUAGAAUAUUUAGAGAUUUUGGCAACAUUCCAGGGUUGGAUUUCGCACACGCUGUGAAUGGAUAUAGAUAUCAUACUAAAUUUGAUCAUAUAGAUUUUAUUUCCAAAAAUGUGAUACAAAAUACUGGAGACAACAUUUUGGAAUUAACCAAAAUAAUAGCGAACUCGAAGGAAUUAGGAGAAACAUAUAUGCAUUCUCAAGGAACUGAGGUAUAUUUCGACAUUUUAGGUUUGAUUUUUGUGUCUUAUUCAAAAGAUUUUGCAAAAUUUUUUAAUAAUGCUGUAGUCAUUCUAAGCAUCGUUCUUCCUUAUUUAUUUUUGUCGAAAGCGACAAGAGGUAUAAAUAAGAAACAUUUGAGGUAUGAAAUAAUUUUUGGUUUUUUGAUAAAUACUAUUUGUCUUGUAAGUUCAAAUGUUGUCGGAUAUUCUAUAGCAUAUGAUUUAGACAUUAAUGGUCAUUCUAUGGCUUGGUACUCAAAUACAUCUUUAGCUAUUGCUACUUAUUGUGUUGUUAGCGUGUUAGUACAAUGUGUAGUUCAUGUCAUAUUUAACAACGAUAAAAGUACCCCAUUAAGCUUAGGUUUAAAAACUCAAGCUAGACUUUGUGGAAGCAACUUAUUUUGGGGUCUUUUAACAGCCGCUAUAACCCUAGCUGACUACCGCAUUGGUUACGUGUUUAUGGUUCCGUUGUUAAUAACGCUAAUAACCAAUAUUAUAACUGGUUUAUUAGAUCUUCAUAAUACGAUUAUGAAAUGGCUUUAUGUUCAUAUCAUUGGACAAGUGUUCGUAGUUUUGUGGACAACGCAUUUUUAUACCGCUGUAAUGGAAGUUUUCAUUCCAAUAGCUGGAAGAUCUGGCGGCCUAAAAAAUCCCGAUAUUUUGAUUGGGAUUAUAUGUUGUUCACUCACAUUUUUUAUAAUGAGUUGUAUUACUCCGUUAGUGAUAUUAUUAAGACGAUAUUCAAAUUUGUUUAUAACGUUAUUAGUUAUUUAUAUUGUUACUCGUUGUUAUAUACUAGGCGUCACACACUAUGGGUUUCCGUAUCGUGAUGAUUCUAAUGGAGCACCUGCUGUGCAGCGUCAUUUUAUAGCACAUACCGUUCGCACGCUUUAUGACAGUGAGGGAAAUGUCCGUUAUACGGAUUCUGGAUUUUGGUUUAGGGAAGCUGAUAGAAAUGCUAAAAAAACAAUUGAAUCUUUAGCAAUGCCAGAAACGCCAAUACCGCAAGAUCAAAAUAUUCUUUGUGAGAAUGAAGUAUUUUGCGGUUUACCAUUUUAUUCGUCAAGACAACUCCAUACUGGAGGCUACUGGGUACCAGGACCAGCACCAUUAGUACGUGAACUUUGUCAGUUCAAAUUGACAAACCGUUCAAGUUUAACUCCUAAGAUACAUCGUUUGAAUUUUUCCUUAAGUGGAAGUUAUGUGAUAUCCUUACAAAUCCGACCAAAAGAAAGCGUUAAAUUAAAAAGUUGGAGUUUUUUGAACUCGGUUCCAAACCCCAACAUAUAUAAUAAGCAAAAAGCAUAUUUUGUAAUGAUAACCCAUGGCCUGGAGGCUAAUGGAAUGAAUAUAACAAUUGAUUUUGAAACCAACAAUGAAAAAUACACCAAGCCGUUAGUAGAUAUUUCUGUGGUUACCUGGCAUUGGGAAUAUUAUAAAGAACAUACACCAACUUUUGCAAAUAUUUUAGCUAAAGUACCAAAAUGGGCAUUUGCGGUUCCAUCUGUGGCAUCUUUAACUGCUUUCACAUUCUAGAGCGGAAAAAAAUAUGUUCAUUCUAGAGUUUUUUAUUAUAAUCAGAAAAUGAAUUUUUUGAGUAUCGGUCGUUGAAGAGGAGACAUAUUGUUGAUAGAUAAAUGCAUAAUUGAUUUAGUCAACAUUACUAUAAAACAAUAAAUUUUAAUAUUUGAAAUAAUUUCAACUCCUCUCCCUUUUUAUAUUGACUACAUGCAAUACGUGUAAAAGGUAAUAAAGAUGUAUUAAUAUUUAACCCGCUUACAAUCACAACAAAUUUUUAAUGCAAAAUCUUCUUAAAGUUUAAUUUCAUAAAAUAUUGACAAAUUGUAAUAGUGGUGAAUAAAAACAUUUACAUUCAUUUUCAGUUAUUGUUAAAAUUAAAUAAAAAGUAAUUGUGAUGCCAGAUAUAUCUAUCUAUUAACAGAUAAUAUAUUAUAGGUAAUGCCAGAUAUAUCUAUAUAUUUAUAGAUAGAUACAUCUAUAAAUACCUACAGAUAUAUCUAUAUAUUUAUAGAUAGAUAUAUAAGGCAUUAGGUAAUCGUUUAAAUAUUCUAAGAUCGUAAGAGAUGUAUGUCAGAUUUUGGAGAGGACUUAAA